UCGAGGGCUGCCUUCGCUCCGGUCCCCCCAAGGCUGCUGAGGAAGGGGUUGGGGGGGUGGGAUCGAGAGGAAGAGGAGGACUGCCUCCUCCAGCCGUGCAGCCGUGUAGAGAUCCCUCAAGGAGCAAAAGAGAUCCCCCCCCAAAAAAUCUCUCUUCGCCUGCUUGGAGAAAUCGGAGUCGAUUCGGCUGUCAAGAUGAAGGCUGAUGAUCUUGUUAUCAAUCCGUCUACAACAUUGAAGGAGAAGCCGGACCCAAAUGGCUUAGUAUUUGGAACAGUUUUCACAGACAACAUGCUCUUCAUUGAAUGGUCCUUCACAUCUGGAUGGGAAGUUCCUCAGAUUAAGCCCUUGGAGAAUCUCUCUGUGCACCCAGCCAUCUCAGCACUGCAUUAUGCUGUCGAACUGUUCGAAGGCAUGAAGGCAUAUCGAGGCGUGGAUGGCAAAAUACGCUUGUUCCGACCAAGACUCAACAUGGACAGGAUGUUACGGUCAGCUGCGCGAGCAACUUUGCCGGGAUUCGACAAAGAAGAACUUCUGCAGUGUAUCCAGAAGCUGGUGGAAGUUGAGAAGGAAUGGGUACCCUAUUCCACCUCUGCUAGCUUGUAUAUCCGCCCUACUUUAAUUGGGACAGAG